AUGGCAACGUGGAGCGGUUGUUUGCGGGUCGCUAGAGCCAGGACUGGCACCGUCAGCCACGGCUGCAGGUUCGUUGAGCAUGCCCUCCGGACACCUGUCAGCCCCAGGGGCUUCAGCACCGGCAAAACGACCCGACAGGACUUCUUUAAAGAUCUGGAGGCGCAGCUGAAGGCGUUCCGGGAGAAAGCGGCCGCGGUUCUCCCCACCAGCGGCUGGACCCCCCCGGAGAUCAACCCCGACCCGCCUCCCGAGCGGGCCGACGUCGUGAUCGUGGGCGGCGGGGUGGUGGGCUGGUCCGUGGCCUACUGGCUGAAGAGGAAGCAGAAGUUCCCGGAGAGGUUUGAAGUGGUCGUGGUGGAGAAAGACCCUACGUAUUCCCAAGCUUCCACUGUGCUCUCUGCUGGAGGGAUCCGACAGCAGUUCUCCAUGCUUGAAAACAUCCGCCUCUCUCUGGACUCUUCCAUGUUCUUGAAGAACAUCAAUGAGCAUCUUCAUGUGUUGAAUGAAGAUCCAAUUGACCUGCAGUUCAAUCACUCGGGGUAUCUGUUCCUAGCAAGCGAGAAAGGAGCUGAAGUGAUGGAGGAGAACCAUCUUCUCCAGAGGAACGUCGGAGCCAAAGUUGCUCUGUUCUCACCAACGCAGCUGAAGGAGAAAUUUCCGUGGAUCAACACGGAUGGUGUGGCCUUGGCUUCAUACGGCUUGGAAAAUGAGGGCUGGUUUGAUCCCUGGACUCUGCUGAAUGCUUUCAGACGCAAAGCAAUGUCUAUGGGAGUCCACCAGUGUUUUGGAGAUGUCAAAGGGUUCAAGAUUGUCAACAACAAGAUUCACAAUGUCAUCGUAAGUAUUGUGGCUACACGGAAAGGGUUCACUGGUGACUUCAGGGUUUUGGAAACGUGCUUAUUCUGUGCACCCUCUCAAUCCCCCUCCAGGUACAUCUAUGUCGUUCACUGUCCUGAUGGGCCUGGGUUAGACAUGCCCUUCGUCAUCGACUACUCAGGCUUUUACAUCAGAAGAGAAGGACUGGGGGGCAACUACAUUACAGGAAAGUCCCCUGAGGAGGAAGAAGAGCCAGACACCGGUGACCUGGAAGUGGAUCAUGAGUUCUUCCAUGAGCAAGUGUGGCCCAGAUUAGCCAGCCGAAUCCCAUGUUUCGAGAGCCUGAAGGUGACCAGCGCGUGGGCCGGUUACUACGACUACAACACCUUCGAUCAGAACGGCAUCGUGGGGCAACACCCUCUGGUCGAAAACAUGUACUUCGCCACGGGCUUCAGCGGGCACGGCCUGCAGCAGGCGCCUGCCGUGGGCAGGGCGGUGGCCGAGCUCAUCCUGGACUACAAGUACACGACCCUGGACCUCAAGGCGCUGGGCUUCAUGCGCAUCCUCACCAGCUCGCCCAAGCUGGAGAGGAACAUCAUCUGACCAAGCGACUGUGGACGGAGGCGGUGGCGGUUCGAGAGAGUUGUACGUGGGGUGGCAAGGGGGGGGGUCAUGACAGAUUCAUUAUUUUGUUGGGUAAGAAGAUAUCAAUAGACUUUUAACUUGUUCAGUAACAAAACGGUUGUUUUUGAUGCUUAAUACAGGAAGCUUUUUUUAAAAAAAUCUUAUCAUCAAGGUUGUGGUUUUAGUUGCAUAGACCACCCCCCCCACCAAGGGUCACUUGUGUUUUCACAAGAGAAGGACACAUCCAGCAUCAGUGUAGUCAUCGCCAAAAAGUCGCCAAAACUGGUCAGUUGUUUGAUGAACACCAAUCCUCCAAGCAGACAACAAAGUCCUGAAUAUAACGUUCAACACAAUUUAUUUUGCAAUAUCUUGACGUGUUGCAAUAACGCUACAACGGCAAGGUUAAACAGGCUUCUCGUGACUAUGAGAGCUGAAGGCGGCGAUUGCCGUGGUGUACGGCGCAUCGCCUCGCAAACUCGUCCAAAUCCAGAGCUUCGUUGAGACUCCAUGCUGAGAGCCGCUGUACUUGUUCAAGGAAGAGGGCAUGGAAGUGAUUCUUCACUAGCUGAAGAGCUGGAAAAAAAACUCCCUUCACAUGUUGCACUGCUGGCUGGCACUACCACAACUGUUUUACAUAACCGGAACAGCUCAAGAGAAAAAAACCUCUUUGUACGGAUCCAAAAAGGUCAGAAGUUCGAUCAGACAGGAUGGAUGGUCUUUCCCACUUUUUGUUUGUCGAUCCAAUGAUCUCCAAGUUUGAUGCACUUGAUUGUUUGAGAUCCUCAACAUCUGCUCCCAAUGCAUUUGCCAAUAAGAGAAUAGCCCCCUCAUUUAAAAAAAAACAUGCUGCUUGAUGGAUUUAAUGCCUGGAUACCCUUCAUGAUCUCACAAUCUUUUGAGUUGGAGAAACACCUUUUCAUUUCACCAAUCAUACAGUCAAUGCCGGGGGGUAAUGUACUUUGAACUCAAAAAACUUUAACUGAAUAUUUAGGCAUUUUUAACAAUCUGCUAAAGGCAUUUCAUAUUAUAUUAUUAUAAUAUAAUUUCAUAUUAUAUUAUCAGGUUUUCACAAGCCCUUUGUACCAAGGCCAGAGUUUGUAGAAAUCUGACUGCUUGUGGUUGAAGCCACCAUGAGCUGUGGUUGAAGUGGCUGUUACAGGAGGUGGGCUCUCUGGUGUCUGAUCUGCCUCACCUGGAGCAGCCAGCAGGUGGAAGUGUGCCGCUGCAGUGCAGAUAUUCCCAAGGGAAUUUUCACUCUUCCGGCAGGGCUCAUUCCCGUUAAUUUGGGCUGUAGCUGAGCAUCAGUUUUCUCUGCCUCCCACUACAUUCCUGCGUCUUCAGUAACUUGCUUCAAAUAUUUUGCCUUUCCUUUUGUUACACAAAAUUGUAUACUAUUAAAUUGGUUUCAGUGCUUAUUAAAUUGAGCUAGUUUAGGAAAAUGUGUACAGUUGGGCUUUUUUUUUUUAAACUUACUUUCUUUGUAUUUAAUGUUUUAAGUCCUACACUAGAGUGAAUAAGGAGCCCCCCUCUGGGGAACAAUGUGUAGAGAGAGAAAGACUUC